GGUGCCUGCGCGGCGGUUUCAAGCUCCCCCGCCCGAGCGCCGCUGCCGGGUUUGCGGCCGCUGCUCCGGGCCGGGGCCGGCGGGGUGGCCGUGGCUAUGGGGCGCUGCGCCGGCCGCGCUCGCUGACGGGCGUGCACAGGCGAACCCGGCCGCAGCAUGUACGCCAAGGGGAAGGGCUCCGCCGUGCCCUCGGACAGCCAGGCCCGGGAGAAGCUGGCGUUGUACGUGUACGAGUACCUGCUGCACGUGGGAGCCCAGAAAUCUGCACAGACCUUCCUCUCGGAGAUCCGAUGGGAGAAGAACAUCACGCUGGGGGAGCCCCCGGGGUUCCUGCACUCCUGGUGGUGUGUGUUCUGGGACCUGUACUGCGCGGCACCGGACCGCCGGGAGACGUGUGAGCACUCCAGCGAAGCCAAGGCCUUUCACGACUAUAGUGCCGCGGCAGCCCCUAGCCCCGUGAUGGGGAACAUGCCCCCGAACGACGGCAUGCCAGGAGGACCCAUGCCACCCGGUUUCUUUCAGGGACCUCCGGGCUCUCAGCCAUCACCGCACGCUCAGCCUCCGCCCCACAACCCUGCCGCCCCCAUGCUGGGGCCCCACAGCCAGCCUUUCAUGUCCCCUCGCUACCCCGGCGGCCCCCGGCCAUCGCUCCGCAUGCCAAACCAGCCGCCCGUGGGGGUCCCAGGUUCCCAGCCGCUGCUGCCCAACACCAUGGACCCCAGCACGAGAUCGCAAGGGCAUCCGAAUAUGGGGGGCCCGAUGCAGCGGAUGAACCCCCCGCGAGGCAUGGCGGGGAUGGCUCCUCAGCAUCGCGGCGAGGCCAGCAGCAUCGCUCGCUUCCCCAGCCCUCUUCUGAACACCAGCACCAGCACGCGCUGCCUUCUGGCAAAGCGUCACCCCCGGCCCGUGUCCAUGGAGACCAACGUGACCUCGCCAACAGCAGCACUUAGAAACCACCCUGAGAAGCCCCCCCCGGUGAAAAGUGAGAGCUGCCCCAGGCUUCUGCAAGGAGCCCUGACCACUCGGCCGCAGGCCGUUCCGCCGCACGGAGCCGUUUUCCUGCUGCGUGAGCCGAGGGAGGCAGCGAAGGCCUAG